UUUUACUUCAUUCAUUUCCUACACACUAAAAGGAAAGCAAAGAAAAUUUAUCCAUCCUCGAGAUUUUAGCAGAACUGGUCAGUUAACGAGAGUUAUGGGUAACACCUUGGGAGGGAAGAAGACAACAAAGGUGAUGAAGAUCAACGGAGAAACAAUCAAGUUAAAAACUCCGAUUCAAGCCGGAGAAGUAACGAAAGACUAUCCAGGCUUCGUUUUGUUAGAAUCGGAGGCGGUUAAGCAUUUCGGCAUUCGAGCAAAGCCGUUAGGUAUUUAUCAAGAACUUAAGCCUAGAAGGCUUUAUUUUCUUGUAGAGCUACCGAAGUUUCCGGAAGAAAAAGCGCCUAGAAAGAUUAGGUCAGGGAUCAACAUGAGUGCUAAAGAGAGGCUGGAUAGCUUAAUGCUGGCGAGGCGCUCGGUCUCGGAUCUUUCGUUGUUGAAGCCCAAGAGCAGUAUGGUUGAGGAGGUUUCGAAAGAAAGUGUCGAAAAUGAUUCGAAAAUGUUGAAGAUUAAGAUUAAGUUGCCGAAGGCAGAGGUGGAGAAGUUGAUGAGGGAGAGUAAGAGUGAAGCUGAGGCUGCGGAGAAGAUUAUGGAAUUGUAUAAGAGGAUUAGUGCAAGUGUAGUGGAGGGGAAGGAGGUUCAGGAACAUGGUUCGUCGGGGGCUCGUCGAGAAGUGCGGUGGAAUGAGGGUGGUCUAGGAAGGAUUAGUGGGGCAGUGAAGGCGCGUGAGAGGAGAGUUGGAUUCAUGGCCAUCAACGAGGGAGAGACUCAAGUGGCAGUGGCUUGAUAUAAAAUGAAAGCUGGAGGAAUCGUAUUCUAGACAGUCAAUUCUAUCUCUCCAACUUUCGGCAGAGUUCUCAGAAUCAAGAAAAUGCACUAGCUUUAUUAUUGUAACAAAUCGUGGAGGAAAGUGAGGGGCAUUAGUUAAUCAACUUGAAUCUGGGAUAUGUAUUGACUUUUAGCUAGCUUUAGGGGAUUAUCAGCGAAUGUAAAUUAUGAAAACACAUCAUGUGAACGCUUUCUUACUUUCUUCAUUUA